AUGAGACUUGCUCGACGACAGCGACGCUGCCAAGAUCCAAAUUCUAUUCUUCCGACAUGCAACAGGCAAACUCGUGUGCCAUCGACUAUUCAAAGCAGUAGUUUGCCUACAAGAUCUCGGCGUGAUCUAGGAUCCUCCGGUAAUUCCGACGUCUAUCAAAGUACCAUUUCACUCAGUACUACACGCGACACCCAAGAGUCGUUAUCGUGCUCGAGAAGCACUAGUUUGUAUACGGAAUAUUUUACGACUUGUUCUGCUAAUAAAUCUGCAUACGACCGUAAAUCUCGAAGAACGCAUUCAACACGACCAUCCGUUCCAGACAUUUAUACGUUAGUUACUACUGCAAACAGAAGUGACAGAUCAAAGAGCGCGCCACCUGUCCGACCACGAACGAAUGUACCAUCAAAAUCCAACUCAAGACGAGCAGGCAAAAUUCAGCUACGUCCAUUGUCGGUAUCAUGCGCUGAUGAUAUCGAAUACGAUCGCUCGGUCGACUUUACGCGUAGCUACGAACGAUUGCCACCCAUUCGUCGAUAA